AUGACUGACAGCGAGGAGGACCAGCUGACGGCUCUGACGCCGGCGCAGAGGAAGCUGUUUGAGCUGCGGAUGAAGAUGAAUGCAGGACGGAAGGCGAACAAGCAGGAAGUAGCAGCUGAACACGAGCGCAUCAAGGAUACCGACAAAAAGGCCAAGAAGGAGGAGCAGUACAAGCGCAAGAAGGAGAGGAAGUUGGUUGCUGCGAGCGGUGCAGCUCAUCUCAACGAGACAGCUGAGGUGGCUGAGAUCAAGCGGAAGAAGGCGAGUAAGAAGGAGAAGAGGAAAGCUGCAUUUGGAUGGGACGUCUUCAACCAAGAUUCGCUGUACAAGGGCUACAAGAAACGGCUUGUGCAUUUGCCCACGUCUGAAGAAAGUGCAGCGUCUGUCGCCGUUACUACCGGCGACGAUGCACUUGGUGACGAGCUCACGUAUGGCAAAGAUGACAAAGUGGAUGAGGCACAUUUGGAACGCAUGGCGCAAGAGCUCGAAGCACGUAUCAAGGCGCGGAAGCAGUUUAGCCGCCGACGCCAGCACUACGAGGGCGAAGACGUCGACUACAUCAACGGCCCGAAUCGCGUGUUCAACCGCAAGGCGUCCCAGGCUUUCAACAAGUACACGGUGGAGAUCCGACAGAACCUCGAACGCGGAACGGCGUUGUAG